UCGUCUACAUCCCUGCGAAGGGAGACUUGGCGAAGUCAGUCGAUAAAAUGGAUUCCGCGGGUGCAUACGGCGCUGGCAAAGCAGGAGGCGCUUUCGACCCCUACACUUUCAUUCAAAGGCCUCAAGUGAUGGUCAAAUCAGUUUGUCUGUUGUUUGGUAUCAUCGUUUGGGGCUGCAUAUCGUCAGGAGGAUACAUGUAUGAUAAGAAGCUAGAUAAGGAGGUUUGUCUAUACAACAGAGAUGCAAGCGCCUGCACUUUCGGCUCAGGCAUCGGGUUUCUCGGCCUACUCGCUGCCGGCGGGUUCAUCGCUGGGGAGUACUUUUUCACCCAAAUGUCUUCAGUCAAGACCAGAAAACACUUCGUCCUAGGAGAUCUAGGUUUCUCAGGCGCUUGGGCAUUUUUGUACUUUAUAUCAUUCUGUUACUUGGCAAAUCAAUGGAGUGACAUGGACGCGCUGCCAGAGGAUGUUGGGACUGGAAAUGUUUUCGCCGCCAUAGUCUUCUCUUUCUUUUCAAUUUUCUCUUGGGCAGGAGCCGCGUGGUUUGCCUACCAGCGAUUUAAACAAGGCGUCGAUCCUGCUUUCGCUUCCACUUAUGAGGCAGACCAAGCUCAAUACAGCUCUUAUCCGGAUGCAGAAGGGGGCUACCAGGAGCCUCCAUUCAGCGGAAAUCAAAACCAAGGUGGCGGUGAUUAUCAGGCUCCAGCUUACUAAAUCGAACCAGCAGAAAUCUAAAAUCACUCAAAUGAACGUCAGAUAUGAAAUUUUUGUUGAUUACCUAUUGUAGCUGUUGCAAUAAUUUGUUGUUAAUUCGUAAAGUAAUUACCUAAGUACUCAAUGUAAUAAUCUUGGUGGCAAUGCAUACCCUUUUUCAAACCAAUACCUGUAACUCUUUGAUCUUACUUUGUAACUAUUAGGUGAUAGAUAAGAUUGCGCUACGCAUGAUCAGGUAUUUUUGUUCUCUUGUUACCUACGUUUUAUUUUUUAUACAAAUAUAUAGGUAUCUUUUAUUUUGUCUUAGGUAGGUUAAUUUAUCUGAAGAAGAGACUCCCUCCCUCAUUUCCGAUUAUGCGGCAAUAUUGCCUUUUUACCUUUCCUUCCUCUAGAAUUUUCAGAUUACCUAUUUCAAUACUUUUUAGGAAUCACCCUUCAGUUCCUCUACGUACAUUCUUGAUAGGUUAUCAAUCAUACGUUGGCACUUUUUUCUUGGACACUCAUUUAAAUUGCUUAUUGUUCUCAUUAGAGUUAGUAGGUAGUAAAAGUAUCAAGAAUUAGUAACAAGGUUGUGAGGUCAGGGCCCUUUUCUUGCAAGGAGACAGAGAAAAAUCGGAAUUGCGUGUAUCUUAACUUUCCGCGUAUGAUCAUCAUCUAAUGAUGUGUUUCCUGAUUACUUUAUUUCCCGCUAAUCAUGAUUGGAACGGUCUGUCGGAAGAAGGAUUUUAAUUUUGAAGGAUGGGCAUUUCAAGACCUUUGUUCGGACUACUCAACCUACACACGGACAUAUUCUGCCGUGCUAAUGCGCACAGAAAAAAAAUGAAAGAGUGUAAAAUCUGAGCAUAGAUGGAUACCAUCGUGGCCUUUAUAAACCAAUGGAACAUCCCCUCGAACUGUUCGAGAGAAUGGAUGGUAGUUCUGUCCGACUGAUUUUAAUUUUAAGAUCCAAAUUAGCCCUGCCCUCACAACCUAGCAAAGUGACCGAAAUAGUUAAAACCUACUUUCUACUAUCGGCAUGAAGUACCUGCUUCCUCCUUUGUAAAAAUUACUUUUUUUAAACCAAAUUUUCAUUUAGGUCAAACGUUUUGCUUAAUCCUUUGUUAACUGAAUUACAAAAGUUCACCUUAAUUGUAGAGACAGCGUUUCCGUUCUUUUCAGUGUAUUUUCCAAGGGAACUACACUAUUCUAUUUUUUUGUUUUUAAGCUCGCUGGCACGCGAUUACGCUGCUCGUAACUGGAUUUUCUCCUCCUAAAAUAAGUCUCGAUGAAUAAUAAUACUGGUUUUAGAAAUGAAACAAGAGCAAAUUUUAAAUGAUUUUUGGGCUUUGUAGAGUAAUAAACCUUCGAUUUUAAAUGACGAGUAAUGUGUAUUUAAAUGCACAUAAAUUGCAACUUAUUGUGAGCCCGUUAAACGUGCGGAUAUGUUCCCUGGUACUGAUUCCGAAAAGAACUUAACUAGCGUUUUCAAUGACAUUUAUUUCAUACAAACUGUCAUUGUUUUUGAUGUAAAGCUCAAUUCAUUCCCAUACUUCGGAUGCCCGAGCCAAUCUGUGUUAUGACCAAUCAUCGCCGUGAAAACUUUCAAGGGAACAUGUGGUACCAUUUUAUGGUACCUUGCUCUUUGAAGCACGCGAAUGGUAAAAUGCACAACAUGCACAUUCAAUAUCCAUCGAAAAUUGGAGAAGUAUAAAGUACCUAUAAACCCCUCUACCGAAAAGACAAAUAAAUGCAUUUUUAGUAAAAUGUCUAUAGUUACUGAGCUUUCUUGUUGUUACUCACUUGUAUUUUUAGAUGAAUAAUUUUUAGAUUAGUCGACACGACUAUGCAGGUUCUUGAAGUAGACAUCCAAAA